CGCGCGAAGGAGGAGGAGGAGGUGGAGAGCAGGGGCUGUGAAUUUAACAGGAAUAUUUCUCAUCCUUCGCUUUAUAAAGUCCGGCUCUUGUUGUAUAUAGCUUUGGAAAUAUCUACAGCGUGUCAUAUUUUUACACGUUAGAGGAGUUUGUAAACGCCGAGGACGAAUUUCAGACGGGGCCAUGAGGGAGCAGGCGUGACCAGAGUGUCCCGGAGUGCUGUGUAAGGAGGAGGAUGCAGGAGGAGGAGGACAUGGAGGCGACCAGAGGAGCGUGCCUCGUGGCUGAAGUGGAGCGGCUCUCUGCCGAGCUCCAGGAGGCCAAUGAGGAGAAGCUGCAGGCUGCACGCUAUGGCCUGGCCGUGUUAGAAGAGAGCGCCGCUCUCAAGACCAAACACAGCCAGCUGGAGGAGGAGCACGAGACCCUCAAACUGGAGGUCCAGCAGCUCCGUGAGGCACUGGUCGACACGGUGAGCAGCCAUAAGCGUGCAACAGCAGAUGGGCAGUGUCGAGAGGAGAAUCUGCUUCAGGAGACUGCCAGUAAGGAGGCUGCCAUGGCAACGCGGAUGGAGGAGCUGCAUACGGAACUUAAGCAGGCCCGAAUGGCGCUGGCCAACAGCACUGCUGAAAAUGAGAGGUUGGGCGGGCUCUCUGCUCAGCUGAAGAAGGAGUGUGAUGGUUUGGAGGCUGAGAAGGCUCGUGUCAGAGAGGAGUUGAAGGAAUUUAAGGUUCGCGAACUGCAGCAGCUUCAGGACAACACUGAACUGGAGGAAGAGAACAUCUCCUUACAGAAACAAGUCUCUGUGCUCAAAGAGAACCAGGUGGAGUUUGAGGCACUGAAGGUGGAGCUCUCGCAGAAGGAUGAGGAACAGGAGCUUCUGCGAGCGCAGCUGGAGGAGGCCGGGCGGCUGCGCGAGAUUGCCGAGAGGCAGCUGGAUGAGGCCCUCGAGGCCCUAAAGGAUGAGCGUGAGCAGAAGAACAGUUUAAAACGGGAGCUAGCUGCUCACACUCUCAACCCGUUUGACUCUGUGGUGCACCUGGACCUGCAGAUGGACGACAGCCUGGACGGAGAUCGGACUGCAGAGGAGAAGGAGCGGGGAGAUAAAGAGGAAGAAGAGCAGGACAGCGGCUACAACCACUCGAAAGGAAGCGAGAAGCAGCGUUGCUCUACUCCCAGGAACCGUGACGUGUUCCUUCGGCCUCAGGCUCCAGGGCUGGUGGCUGACCUGCUGAGCGAACUCCAUCUGUCCGACACUCAGAAGCUAAAACAGCAGCUGCUGCAGGUGGAGAGGGAGAAAGCAGCUCUGGCCAGUUCGGUCCAGGACCUACAGGAGGCACUGGCCCAGUCUAAAGUGGCUCUGGAUGAGCACAAAGUGAAGGUGGAGCAGCUCUCGCAGCGUUUGGAGGUCCUGCAAGGUUGCUCCACUUCUUCCAACCCCCUGUCUGGGACAAAAACCCAGGAGCAGAAUGGAAACAAUGAGCCAGUGAAUGAGGAUGAUCUGGAGCUGGAUGCCAAGAGUGCAGAGGUGCUUGAGAAGCGCAUGCGUGCAGCCAAUGCUGAGCUCAUGCAGCUGCGCGACGAGCUGAAGGAGGCAGGCGAGCGCUGCCGGGCCCUGGAAGAGCGCCACCUGCUGGAGAAGGAGCGCUGGAGAGCCGAGGCACAGGAACUGGCUGACAAGAUCCGCCAGUGCAUUGCCGCCAGCCGCCAUGACCAGGAACGCAUCGGUCAGCUGGAGCUUGAGAUCGGAGCCACACGACGUGUCGCCAGCGACUCCGAAUGCCACCUGAGUGCCACACAGGAGGAGCUGCUGGCCUUUUCUGAAGAGUUGGCCAACCUCUACCACCACGUUUGCAUGUGCAACAACCUCACACCACGUCGCGUCACACUGGACUACUACCGUGAUGGAGCACGAGGCGGGAGAAGGCACCACCAUGGAUCGUUCCGGAAGCAGAGGAGGUCAGGAGAGGCGCUGGGGAAAGGAGCACAUAGCGUAGAGUUGGACAUCACUACAGCGAAUGGAGACGCCUCGACAAACUGUGGAAGUGGCCCCAGCUCUCCAACACUGGACUUCAGGGACCCCACCAACGUGCGCAACCUGGUGGCUGUUAUUCGCUGCCAGAUUAAACACCUCCAGGUGGCCGUUGACCUGUGCAGGCAGCGUGGUGGCUUACCCUCCUCUGCAUUAGGGGGCAGCACUGAAUCUGACCGUGAAGCUCUGCUCGAGGAGGUGCUGAAGCUCAAGUCUCUUCUAAGCACCAAGAGAGAGCAGAUCGCCACACUCAGGACUGUCCUAAAGGCAAACAAACAGACUGCUGAGCUGGCUCUGAGCAACCUGAAGACCAAGUACGAGACUGAGAAGACUGUGGUGUCUGAGACCAUGCUAAAGCUGAGAAACGAGCUCAAGGCUCUGAAGGAAGACGCUGCUACUUUCUCCUCGCUGCGGGUCAUGUUUGCGAGCAGAUGUGACCAGUAUGUUACUCAAUUAGAUGAGAUGCAGAGACAGCUCGCUGUUGCAGAGGACGAAAAGAAGACACUCAAUUCACUCCUGCGCAUGGCCAUCCAACAGAAGCUAGCCCUGACUCAGCGGUUAGAGGACCUGGAGGCUCCACUGCAUGCCCACAGUAAUGGAAGCAGCCCAAGACGCUCCCGUGCCAAGCAGCUGGCCACCAAAUCGGGAAGAGCGCCACGGAGCCCCAUGAGAAGUAGUCCACGUGCCAGUCCUGUGUUGGUAUCAUCAUCAGGCCCUCAGGGCACGAGUGGGCAUCUGAGGGUGCAUUCACGCAGCCUCCAUGGCAGCCCUCGGUGAAUGCUCCAUUCCUCCUGUCCUGCUCCAGUGUGUGUGGACCGUGUUCAUGCCCAGCUCAGAACCACCCUUAACCCUCCAGACCCGACCCGACCCGAUCCGACAUCCACUUCAUCCCACUCCAAAACGCAUUGGGCUCCUCUUGUGCUUAUUCUCGUCUCGUCUCGUCUAUCUUUCUGUUUCUGUCUUAUUGUCCGUUUUUCAUGUCCUCUACCUCACUUUUUCUAUUUCUCCUCUCACUGUCUUGUUGGCUUGCUCAAGUGUUGCACAGCUUUGAGGAACUGAAAGCUCACCGGAGCCUCAUCUCAUUUCAUGAUGAGCUUUCUGAAGGAAGGCAAGUUAUGAAACUUGCUUUCAGUCUCAUGGACAUUGUAACACACCACACCCACCCCAAAAGACCAGUGUGCAUUUAACAAAAAAUAAAUAAAAAUUCCUGUCUUGUAUUUAGCUGCUGUCUUCAGAGAGGGUUAUGUAUGAAGGAAAUUAGACCCUGCUUUGUCAAUUGUUCUACUACCUAGAAUGACUGACAGUCCGACAGUAUUAGUGCACAGCUGAGGCAUGUUCAGAAUGAUGUUUGUGAGCUUCAUUUUCAAGUGUGUUCCAUUUCAUACUUCAUCUAUAAUGCACUGCUUCCGAAGCUUUGUCCUUCAGACUUCUGUAUGCUUAAACUAGAAAGACCAUCUUUAUUGGAAAAACAGAUUAAUAGGAACACUUUUCAUCUACUGUACUGUACAUUCAGUAUGGUUGUUACGGUUUCACAGUAUGAAAUGACUUCUUAUUACUGUCUACGCGUUUGUUUGUUUUUUUUUGUUUACCCAGUCAAGUGGUUUUCAUCCUUUGUGUGUCUAACUGCGGCAACCCCCUCCCUCAGGACUCACCUUAAACCAUAAUAACUAGUGUUUCUAACUUUAUCGUACACAACGCACAGAAGAACAUGAUGUUGCUGACCAGAGCUAAAUUAAACAACUAUUUUUCACCAAGCAGCUUAUAACAAUAAAUACUGACUGUCAGAGAUUUUAAGGAAAAAUUCUUUUCAUAAAUAUUUUUCUAUUGGGAUUUGAUCCUUUUUUUUUUUCUUUUUCCCCCCAUAGGUUUUUGUAUGCAAGGAGACUUUUAUACACAAUUUUUCGUCAAAUAUUUCUCUUUAAUUUUCACCACCUGCUCGUGUUUUUUUUUGGUUUUUUUAUAUGGUCUGUCAAUUCAGUGAUAACCUAGUUUUAAAAUAUCAUACUAUGAACCGUAACACCCCUACUCAGCGUCGUAAUGAAUAAAUGAAGUUCUGUGCAGAGGUCUGGAGGUCUCGCUGCUACCUAGAGCAAGUGUUUAAAAAAAAAAUUUUUUAAAAAGGACUGUCAAUAUUGUCCUGUCAGAACUACUGCCAGUUUUGCAAUCUUUUUACACAGGGUUAAACACAAAGCACUGUUACAGCAAUUACUACUCUGUUACAAGUACAAGCAAAGCCAUGUGUAGUUCUUUAUUAUUUAUCAAAGCAAUAAGGCACCAGUGUUUAUGCUGAAGGGAACACAUCAUGUGAGAGAAACAGGAUCUGGGACAGUGCCUUAAUUAUUUGCCGAGUUGACUGAUUUUUAGGAAAUUUGUCUUCAGACUUUGUAGGUACUUGUACAUAAUUUGUUUGUUGAAUAGUGUUUUUGUUUUGUUUUUGUUGUUUGCUUUACUGUGUACCUACAAAUUGUUCUAAGCUCCUUGAUUUUGUCCAUAACUGGCAGGACUUGGUAGCAUAAACAUAUCGCUGUUCUUAUCAGAGCAGUGAUUUUGUUUAUAUAUGUAUAUAAUAUGAUUCAUAUGUUGUAGUUGAUCGGCACAUGUUGGUCAGCUACAUGCCAGUGCAUGCUUAAACCAUGUUCCUGUAUGUGGGAUGCUUAACUGGACAGUGGUGUGAUAAAAUAAUGGAAUCAUAGAAAGAAAAUAUUUUGGGAUGAAGCUCCCAGCUGAAACAAAGCUCUAACUUUGCGUCAAAGACUUUUAUUUCUAAAAUAAUAAUGUGCUUUAUUACGUUAUUUAAGACUAAUCAAACAUGCUCUUUACACACAGAAAAAUUAUAACUAGUACAUACUUCCCAAGUUACCAUAUUUAUUAAAAAUGUUCACUGACACCAUGAUUCUGAUAUUUUUUCCCCACACCA